GAAGAUAUAGAUGAUAUUAUAAUGAACGAUGAUGUCUUUAGAGGAAAUAUUAACCUCGAAGAUGAAGAUGAUUUUAUAGCGAACGGUGAUGCUUUUAGAGAAAAUAUUAAUCUCGAAGGUGUAGAUGAUAUUAUAAUGAACAAUGAUGUCUUUAGAGGAAAUAAUCUUUUCCAAAAUGAAGAUGAUAUUAUACCGAAUAAUGAUGCCUUUAGAGGAUAUAAUUAUUUCCAAGGUGAAGAUAUUAUACCGGACGGUGAUGCCUCUGCAGGAAAUAGGUGAUAUUUUACGCAUUUGUUAUUACGUGAUAGUUCUGUACAUCUCAUUGCAACAAUUCUUCGACGAAUUCGAAAUUGCAGUGGUUAGCUGUCCCUGUCUAUCCAGACCGCCCUACGAUUUUGCUGCGGUUGGACUAUCUGGCAACACGGGGAUUUUGCAAAUGGGUGAUAUAAAUAAUAUUAUCCCAAUCCCGCAGACAGAUCUCAUAUUCGAUAUUCAAUCUAUAUUAUCAAGUUAUUGCUACGAUUUCUUUGUUAUUGGAUCAGGUUUUGCUGCAAAACCAUUAAUGCCUUACAACGGUUAUCUUAUUAUAAACGCGAUAAUUUCAGCAAAUUUCACGAAUGUUAUUAAUAAUAGUUGUAUCGUUUAUGAAGAUGCUAAUACUGGGCAGAGAAUAUCACAAAUUAUCAACGAUCCCAAUCAAAUCAAAUGCUCUAUGUUGGGCAACUUCUAUUUCAGUGAAGGUAGACGAGGAAUGGUUUAGGUGGCGUGCUCGUAAUAGAUGGGGAACAUGCGAUAUUAUAUAUCACACUAGAAAAUUAUCCAGAAUGGUUUAUCCCGAACAUGGAUGUUAACAAAUGGUUAAAAUUAUAUCGAUUGAACUGCAUGGAUGUAAUAGGUGUGGUUGCAUUAACCAACUUUCCAUUUUUCAGAGGACACAAAUCUGACGGAAGUCCGUUGCUAGGAACCCGUUACAGGUUUAACACUUUCUCUAAUUAUGAAGCGGCCGGAGGGUUUCGCGUGGAUGUCACACCGAUAGAGACAGAGUACAUUUUUUACUUUAAUAUAGCGCAAAGAAUAUAUUUCUAAAUGUGACAAAUAUUUUCAUUCUUGAUAUAAAAUCAAUCCUUCUUAUUAAAACGCUAAGUGAGAAAUUCACAUGAGAUAUGUUUUCAUAAAGUAUUCGUGACUAAGAUAUAUCUCGUAUAAAGAUCUAGGUUUGCAAAAAAUAAUAUCUUCUAUUUUAGAAUGCAACAAAUCGUAACACUUAUUAAUAUUUUGAUAUACUGACCAAAUAACGUAGUUCAAAUAGUCUACGUUUCUGUUUUGAUUCACGACAAAGAAAAAUAUCAUAAAAAUAAAAAGUAAAUCGAAAAUUGAAAAGUUCAAUGAUAUCUUUCUAUAAACUCUUCCUCUUACUUUUUCUGCAAGUGAAACGAUUUGUUCGACUUUUUUUACAACAAUUAACAUAAAAAUUACAUACACACAAAGUAUUUAUUUGUAGAUAAAUACGACUGUCCGAAUUAAAUAGCAUAAACAAAUAUAGAACUGUAUCUACUUUUAAUUUCGUGAAACUAUUGUAAUCCGUCGACAUUAUUUAAGUUUCAUAUUUCCAAUUCAAAAAAAUGCACACACACAAAUAU